AUGCUGUCCGUAUUACGGAAUCAACUGGGCUCAAUAUGGUAUCCAACGGUGUUAAGGCCAACAUCGGCGGAAAUUAUGCAAAUUCGAGGGCGUAAGCGUGCGUUGAAGCAAACAAUGACUAGACAGCAAAAACUUGAACGAAGGAUAAAACGAGAAGAAAAAGAGGCGGCCAGAAAACAAUAUUCAUUUAUGGAACGAAUCAAUAUCAGACGAAUGAAGAAUUUACUUUCUCCAUCGCAGCAAUUUCCUGGUCGUUUUGCCGCUGAAGAUGAAGCAAAUCUGCCGGAAAAACCUACUCUUGAUGUAUUUAUCAAAAAUCAUUUCAAAACGCAAUUCUAUUCUGUCGGCGAAGCGCUUGAAAUGCACCGCGAACUUCAGCAGCCAAGUAUUUAUAACAAUCCCAACGCUCCCGUUCGAAUGCGUCUCGAAUUGAAUAUGACUACCGAGCGACAAACAAAAAUGGUUCAAAGUAGUGACGAAAUUGUGCCGGUGCCAUUUCCGUUCAAACACAACGAAAAACGAACAAUUCUCGCGUUCGUUAAUGACCCAAAAUUGCAAGAAUUGGCGUUGGAAUCGGGCGCCGAGAUGUCGUUGGGACAAGAUAUGAUCAAGAAAAUCAUCAAGGGCCAAUUUCGCACCGAAGAUUAUGAUUUCUGUGUGGCGCACAUCGACAUGGCAUCGUUCAUAUUGCCGCUUCGAGGCAUCUUGAAAACUCGAUUCCCGACACGAGCCAAUGGCGGCCUCGGUGAAAAUCUUCCGGAAUUGAUCGAGAAAUUCAAAAAUGGUGUGAAGCUGAACAUCAAAAGCGAUCCGGUGUAUCCGAAUUGGGGUUUGAGCGAUUGCGUCGUCGGUCGAUUAUCAAUGCCAAAUGAGGAGAUCGAAGCGAACAUUGGCACCGUAAUCGCGGCGGCGUGUAGUCAUCGAAAUCCGGCUCUCGGACCGUUUGUGAAUCGCGCUCUGCUCAUGACGAUUCCCGGCGAUGAGCAUUACGCGAUCGAUGUUUCGAAAUGGCUUCCAGUUCCAUCGGAAGAGGAAAUUGAGAAGAUUGAAAAACGAAAGAACAAGAAGAAGAAGAAGGAGGAGAAAAAGGUGGAAGGCAAUGAUGAUGAGCCGCUCGUAGCCGCUGUUGCUUAA